AUGCAUACUCUAUUCACCGAUCAAAAUUCAUUUUCAAGACAUUACGCUCAAACAGCUGGUUAUCCGACGGCAGCAUCAACAAUGGCACCAACAGCAGCACAUUAUGCAUAUGAUCAAUAUUCACGUUAUCCAUAUCCUGGUACAGCGGCGGCAUAUGCAUUAACAGCACCACAUCAAAAUAAAGAAAUUGUUAAACCACCAUAUUCUUAUAUUGCAUUAAUAGCAAUGGCAAUACAAAAUUCAUCUGAUAAAAAAAUUACAUUAAAUGGUAUUUAUCAAUAUAUUAUGGAACGUUUCCCAUAUUAUCGUGAUAAUAAACAAGGAUGGCAAAAUUCUAUACGACAUAAUUUAAGUUUAAAUGAAUGUUUUGUUAAAGUAGCACGUGAUGAUAAAAAACCAGGUAAAGGUAGCUAUUGGACAUUAGAUCCAGAUUCAUAUAAUAUGUUUGAUAAUGGUUCAUUUUUACGUCGACGUCGACGUUUUAAAAAGAAAGAUGCAUUACGUGAAAAAGAGGAAGCAAUUAAACGUCAAACAUUAAUGUUAGAUGAAAAAUUAGCUGAUAUCAAACCAUUAAAAUUAAUGACAAAUGGUAUACAUUUAGAUCCAAAACAACAUUUUAAAAGAGAACCUGGUACUGAUCAUUUAGUUCCACAUCAUGGUAUUGGUACAGCAUGUAUAUCAAAAGAUAAUCAAUUAAGUUCAGCAACAAUGUUAAAUUCAUGCCAUGAUAGUUUAGCACAAAUGAAUCAUUUAGGUAGUACAGCAGUUGAACAUGGUUUUACAGUUGACUCAUUAAUGACUGUAUAUAAUCCAAGAUUACAUCAUGGAUCAUAUCCAUAUCAUCAUUUAAAUGAAGAAAAUUUAGUAUCAACAUCAGCGGCAACUGCAGCAGCAGCAGCUAGUGCUGCACAUCAAUUAACACGUCAUCAUUCACAUCAUAUUAAUCCACAUCAUCAUCAUCAUCACCAUCAUCAUCCACAUACACAUCCGACAGCAGCUGGUCAUCAUCAUGGUGGUUGGUAUACACCUGAAACACCACCAGAAUCUGUACUUAAUAAUAAUAACAAUAAUACAACAAGCCCAUCGGUAACAACAAGUGUUGUUGGCGGUUUUCGUGAUAUGGUAUUUGAACAAACAACAAAUUGUCAAAUGGAUACAAGUAGCCCAAAUGGUAGUUUAAAUUCAGCUAGUCCACCAGCAGUUAUUAGUAGUCAUUUAUCAGCAGGUAAUUUAGGUAAUUUAGCUGGUCAUUAUAGAUCUCAUCACCAUGUUGGACAUUAUCAGGAUUAUGGAAUUAAAUAUGGUGUUUAA